AUGAUGAUGCAGCACGUGCCCGAGGGUACGCACGCUCAACAAACCUGCUCAUCCACGAGCGAGCAGCAGCUCAACAAUCAGAGAUAUGCUGCUGCAGCCGCCAGCGCAAAGAACCUCACGCCUCCUCCUAGCCAUGCUGGAACUCCCAGAAGCUCCACGGGGAUGAGCUUGCCAGCUAGUCUGGCGUAUGAUGAUUCACGAAGACGAUAUGUUGCACCAGCAUUGAAUCGGGCAUUCUCGUCCGAGGAUGAAGACGAGCUUGAUGACAGGCUAGAAGACGACGAUUCCACGACUUCAAGCUUGUUUCCUUCAUCCAUGUACCGGAUUCGAGCGGUGUCGAAAAGAAACCCGGCACGCACGCGUUCCGAAUCCUCAUCCUCACUCUCACAACCAGCGGGCAGCGUCUCGCGGAUGCCAGACUCUUCAGCCUCGCGACCUGAUUCUGGCAAAGAAUCACGAUCGAUGACGCCGGACAUGAUGACUGCUUCCGCACCCAUGUCUGCUGCUUUUGCUCGACUGAACCACAAGGAUGCUCCUGAAAGAAUGCAACGAGGGAGAUCGUUGCCUCUUAGCCAGAAUCUGGGAGCGAAGAUGUUCGAGGGUGCUGCCUAG